AUGUCGAGUCAGCCUAAAAGAUUGAAAUCUGUUGGAUUAACAGGUAUUUGCUCUGGAAAGAGUACUGUCGUAUCCUAUCUGGGCGAACUCAUCAAGGAAUAUGAACAAUUACACUCACAAUCACCAUCAGAGCACCACAAGAUAUUCUUCCAUGUUAUUCCUACUGAUGAAUUGGGUUGGAAAGCCUAUAGUGUUGGCACUGAAUGUUAUAAACAGGUUGUUGAGGUUUUUACUCCUCUAGUGAAGCAAAUUGUAGGAGAGGAGGCUUCUCUUCUGGAUGAACAACAACAAAUUAAUAGAAGAAUGUUAGGGAGGGUAGUAUUUGGAAAUUCGGAAUUGAUGAAGAAACUCACAGAUAUUGUAUGGCCAGAAGUUAAACGAUUAAUCAAUGUGGAAAUCUCCAAGGCUGAACAAGAAGCCAUCAAUGAGAAGGUUGUCUGCCUAAUUGAAUCAGCAGUUCUAGUCGAUGCUGAAUGGCAACAAGGAAUUGAUAAAGUUUGGGUCAUUGAUGUGAGUAAUACAGAGGAGAGAAUUCAAAGACUCUGCAGUAGAAAUCAAUUGACCAUUGAGGAAGCAAAACAAAGAAUCAAUUCACAAGCAAUUGCAUCUGUUGUGCUUGAAAAAUUAGCUCACUAUAAUGAUAAUGUCAUUCCACAUAAUCCAAUUGAAGUGACCUACUUGGAUACUCAUAAUUUAACAUUGGAUCAGGUGAAGGAAAAGACUAGAGAAAUGUUUUAUUCACAAAUUGUUGGAGAUUGGAAAUAG